GAGAAUAUACGGCAACGGAACAACAAAUAAAUGCUGUCUUCGAAGAAAAUGAUAUAUUAGGCGAAAUUACAACAUUAGAACACCCUCUAAACGACGAAACGACAACUGACUCUAAAGUAUUACGAGCUAAUCAACAACUUCAGAGCUUUUGGAAAUGGCGAAACACGAAAAUACGAAUAAAGAGGAAGGAAAC